AUGGACCCAAAUUAUGUACCUCAGCUAAGACAGCUGUUAGAGGCCACCAUAGCGCCUGAUACCAACAUUAUCAAAGCUGCUACUACUCAACUCAACACUCAAUACUACAAAUCCCCUCAAUGUAUUCCUGCUCUUUACGAGGUUGCCGCUACAACGGAGAACCAGUCUAUUAGACAACUCGCUGCUGUAGAAUUGAGAAAACGGAUAUCGUCUGGCGAUGGACGUCAAUGGAAAAAAAACCCUCAAGAAUUGAGGGAACAAAUGAAAGCCAGUUUGCUUGAGCGUCUGACACAAGAACAAUCAGCCAUCGUACGACACGCUCUGUCUCGAGCAGUUGCUGCUAUUGCCGAUAUAGAACUCACUGUCAACCCCCCACAGUGGCCCACCCUCUUACCUGGCUUAUACCAAGCUGCUGCCUCUCCUACCAAAACUCACCGAGAGACCGCCAUUUACGUUCUCUUCUCCAUCCUUGACACCGUUGCUGAAUCAUUCGAAACUCAACUACAAUCCCUCUUCAAAGUUUUCUCCGUAUCUUUAGUAGAUCCUGAAUCCGCUGAAGUGCGAAUAACGACCCUGCGGGCUCUUGCUAAAGUCGCCGAGUACAUUGAAGCUGGAGACAAACACGAUGUCAAAGCAUUCCAAGAACUCAUCGUACCAAUGCUCAAAGUGCUGGAACAAGCUAUCACAGAUGAUGACGAUGAAGCCGUCAAACAUGGUUACGACGCUUUCGAGACUCUACUUAUCAUCGAAGCUCCUCUCGUCAGCAAGCACGUGGGCGAAUUAGUGCAAUUCUUCCUUGGCGUUGCUGGUAGAAAGGAAGUUGACGAUGAAAUGAGAUGUGGUGCUUUGAACGUGCUUUCAUGGGUUAUUCGAUACAAGAAGAGCAAAGUACAAGCUCUUGGUCUCGCCAAACCUAUCGUUGAAAGUCUUUUACCUAUCGGUUGUGAAGAUGAUCCAGAGGACGUUGAUGAGGAUUCACCUUCUCGACUCGCUUUCCGAACUCUGGAUAACCUCGCACAAGCUCUUCCCCCUCAACAAGUCUUCCCUGUUCUCACUCAACAACUCCAAGUGUACAUGGGCGGUGAUGCUCGUAUGCGAAAAUCCGCUCUUAUGGCUUUCGGUGUUUCCGUUGAGGGAUGCAGCGAAUACAUCCGUCCCCAUGUUGACCAGCUUUGGCCCGUCAUUGAAGGCGGUCUACAAGAUGGUGAGGUCAUUGUACGAAAAGCAGCCUGUAUCGCUCUUGGUUGUUUGUGUGAGUGGCUCGCCGAAGAGUGCGCUACCCGACACGAAGUGAUCGUUCCUAUUCUCUUCAACCUCAUUGUCGACCCUUCCACCCAGAAGAAUGCCUGUACAUGUCUCGACUCUUACCUUGAAAUUCUCGGUGACGACAUUGUUAACUACCUGACCCUCCUCAUGGAGCGACUUCUUGUCCUUCUUGAGAGCGGUACUGUAGCCGUCAAGAUCACUGUCACUGGUGCUAUCGGCUCAGCCGCUCAUGCUGCCAAGGAGAAGUUUGUUCCGUACUUUGAUCAAACUAUCAAGCGAUUGGUACCUUUCCUUGAACUCCAAGCCUCAGACGAGGAAUCCGAUCUUCGAGGUGUAGCCACCGAUACGAUCGGUACAGUUGCCGAUGCUGUCGGUGCCGAUGUCUUCCGACCAUACUUCCAAGGAUUGAUGAAAGCUGCUUUCGAAGCUUUGACAAUGGACAACUCCCGACUUCGAGAGUCUUCAUUCAUCUUCUUCGGAGUAAUGGCUCAAGUCUUUGAAGGCGAAUUCGCACAAUACCUUCCACAAUGUGUACCAGCACUUGUUGCCUCCUGUCAACAAAACGAAUCAUCCGACGAAUUCCUUGACGAUGGUGAAGGUGGUUCUUCAAACCCUUCGGCUCUUGCCGAGGCCUUCACCACUGGUAUCUCAUCCAAGAGUCUUGGUGAAGAUCUUGAUGACGAGGAAGAGGACGAAACAGAUUUAGCAGCUUUAGAACAGAUGUUCUCAAAAGUGAACUCUGCUGUCGCCAUUGAAAAGGAAGUAGCAGCCGACACCAUUGGAGAAUUGUUCUCUUCCACAAAAUCAGCUUUCAUGCCUUACGUGGAAGAAACAGUCAAAGUUUUAAUCGAAUUACUUGAUCACUACUAUGAAGGUAUCCGAAAAUCUGCUGUUGGUGCUUUAUUCGCCUUCAUAAAGACGAUGUACGAACUCUCAGAACCCGCAGAAUGGCAACCUGGAGCUCAUGUACGAAUACCUUUCCAUGAACAUGUAAAGAAGAUCGUGGAGAUAAUCCUUCCUCCUAUCUUCGAAGCCUGGAAAACCGAAGAUGACAAAUCUGUUUGCAUCCUCAUGUGUGCCGAGCUCGCCGAUAGCAUGAACAAAUGCGGCCCCGCAUUGGUCGAAGGUCAUCUUGACGAAGUAGCCACUUUCGCCAUUGAGAUCCUUGAGAAGAAGUCUUUGUGUCAACAAGAUCCCGAUGGGGAUGACGAGAACGUUGGUGUUGAUGCCGAUUCAUCUGAAUACGAAUCUGCACUUGUGUCCAACGCUGCCGACGUCUUCGGUGCUAUGGCCUCUGUCCUCGGUCCUGACUUCGCUCAAGCUUUCGGUCAAGUCCUACCUCUCAUUGCUAAAUACACCGAACCCAAACGAACUCAGUCUGAACGAUCCAUGGCCAUUGGUUCUCUCGGUGAGGUCAUUGUUGGCUUGAAGGGUGGUGUUACUACAUUCACUCAGCCCUUGUUACAAAUAAUAUCUCGAGGAUUAUUAGAUGAAGAAGCAGAUGUUCGAUCCAAUGCCGCUUUCGCUGCCGGUGUUCUCAUCGAGAACUCUGACAGUGACUUGUCAUCAAAUUACCAAGCUAUAUUAGGUGCCCUUCAACCCUUCUUUGCGCCCGCAGAACAUUCAGCACCUGCCGUGUACAAUGCUCGUGAUAACGCUGCUGGAGCAGUAGCAAGAAUGGUCACCAAAAACCCCAAUGCGUUACCUCUUGAUCAAGUAAUCUCCGUCUUAGUGUCCGUUCUACCAUUACGAUUCGACCCAUUGGAGAACCGUGCUGUCUACGGAGCAUUAUUCGCUACAUUCAGAAAUCAACCUCAAAUCUUAAUGCCUCAUAUCGAUCAUUUACUUCAAGCUUUCGCUUAUGUAUUAUUGGAUCCAUCACAUUCUGAUGAUACCACCGACGAAACCAAAGCUGAACUAAGAGCUUUGGUCGAACACCUGAAAUCUCAAGUACCUGAUAAAGUUGCCGCUGCCGGAUUCCAAUGA